UCAUGUAAUAGAUUAAAGGAACAUUGUUUCCUACUUUGGUUCAGGUAUAAAUGUCAUUAGAAGUGGUGCUGGAGUAUUCAAUUGGAUCUGAAACUCACAAUGAAAGGAAUAAUUACAUUAUUGGUCAUCGUGUACGCGGGAGUGGGGCGGGCCCAAUUAGAAGAAUGCCGGAAAGAACUGGAAGCCAACGGGGACGUUCAAGUGAUGCUCAAACAUGAGGAUUGCGAUAAAUUCUUUUUAUGUAAUUCGGGUGAGCCCACUGAGAUGAGUUGCCCUGACGGCCUUUGGUUUAACAUGAAAACAAAGCACUGUGACUGGCCACAAAACGUAGAUUGUCAGGGCCGUAAUAUUCCUGGGGAGGCAUUAGAGGAUUCGGAUGAAACUGAAUAUACGACUCCGGAGUGGGAGACGACUCCGGAGUGGACUACGACUACAACGACUGAAGACCCCGAAUUUUGUGAUACACAAACACCCACCACCACCACCAGCACCACCACCACCACCUCCUCCCCCACCGUACCUCCAAUAGAAAUACCUGACGAGUUCUUGCCCAAUGGAUGCCCUCUGAACCCUCGUAUCCACUGGCUGCUGCCUCACCAAACUGACUGUAACGCCUUCUACUCCUGCGUCUGGGGACGACUGGUAAUGAGGAACUGUCCACCUACAUUACAUUUCAACAGAAAGCUUCAGGUUUGUGACUGGCCUUGGGCUGCCGGAUGCCCAGCUACAUUCAACAAACAUUUGACAUCCAGACAAUCACUGAGAUAAAUUAACCCGAAGACCACAAUAACUAAAACGAAUUUAAAUGAGACAAUGUGAAAAUUAUACUUUAUUCUUUUUUUGCAUAUUUUAUACUCUACAGCAUUUUUUAUGAAUAAAAUCUAAGCAAGCUUUAAUUAAA